AUGAGAGAACAACGUAGAAGAUGCCGUAAUCUUAAUAGUAGAAGAGACUGCGAAGACUCUGGGUGCGUUAGAGACCCCAGGUACGCUCAAGGUUUACCGGAAGGUCCCCGUACAACGGAAAAAUUACAAAUACCACAAGUGAAGAGGCCUCGUGAAGAAACUUCUGAUCUUGAAGACGAGGAAACAGAAGAAAGUCUUGCCCAAGAAAUGCAGGGAAUUCCACAGAUAGUGAGGCACGUGGUAAAGGAGGUCCUAGCAUCUACGGAAAUAUAUAAAAUUAUCACCAGGAAAGUCAUGGAGGUUGCCUUACUUAACAUCAAAGAAGGCAUGCGCGAUGAUAAUAAGAAAACAAAACAACUUCACCCCCCUCCAAAAGCGGGACCGUCUGGAGUUAGACAGGAAGGGAAAGUGAAAUGUUCAGAGCUAAGAAGCAAAGACAAAAAGGAUUUGCUUAAACAAUUAGAUGAGCUGAAAACGGAAUUAACAAAUCUUAGGGUUGCUAAAGUAACUGGUGGUGCAGCUUCUAAAUUAUCCAAGAUCCGAGUUGUUCGCAAGGCUAUUGCCAGGGUGUACAUUGUUAUGCACCAAAAGCAGAAAGAAAAUCUACGAAAAUUGUUUAAGAACAAGAAAUAUAAGCCUUUGGAUUUGAGACCCAAGAAAACAAGAGCUAUGAGAAAGGCGCUCACAAAGCAUGAGAAAAAAAUUAAAACUCUGAAGGAAAUUCGCAAGAGAUCUGCCUUCCCUUCUCGAAAAUAUGCUGUAAAAGCAUAAUUUUUUUAAAUUAAAAUUUUAUUAAAUAAGUUUUUCUGCUGGUUAUUUUGUUUUUCCUCUAUAUCCACCCAUGCUAAACUUAUUAUUUGAUUAAAUAAGUAAAAUUUAUUGAUUGUAUGUUAUUUUUCAAGAUUAAAACUAAGUUUAAAGUUAUAAAAUUAUUAACUGAGGUAUUCAGUUAUAAAAACUGGAAAUCUCAAAUGGUCAUGAGUUAAAGUAGAGUUCACAAGCUACUUCAGGCUUAAUCACAACCAUCAUCAUAUUAUAUUAACUCAAUAUACAGGACUGUGUUUACUAAAUAUAGAAAUCGAUUUUAUUCUGGGGCAAAGUCCCUUAAGAAUAAAAUAUAGGUUAAUAUUAUAUCUGGC